CCAGACGCCAACAGAGAGACUCACCUGUACAUGUCGGAGUAUGUCGGUACCUUCACUCAUCUGCCCAGCGGCAUGGUGGACAUGAGCGCCUCAGUGUCACAGUCGUCCGUGACAGAAUCGAAUGGGAUGUACCGAUUAUUUAACAUCCGUUACAGCGUCGGUCAGGCCCUUAGAAGGCUGGGCAUUGGAGACUGGAAUACCGACGUCGUGGUCACCAUCGUUUCCAAGGGAAUGCGGAAAACUAACCCGACAAUGGACUUCUAUUUCUCAGACAUCAAGCAAGAAUUCCAGUGAUGAUUCUUGAAUGCUGUAAGCCAUCUUAUUUUCUCGUCAUGCAUAGACUUAUUUUUUCUCAAGUCAAUUGGGAUUUGGCUAAGCUGAAAGCAUUUGUCUACGGGUAAAUCGAGAAGGGUAGUUUUAGAACUAUGAAGGUUAAGACUAUUUUGUAUUCUUUGUCCCCCAUGCGGGGUCCAGCGUUACCAUUGUAACACAUGAUUCUUUUGCAGUAAACACACCAAAUUCUUUGUCAAUUUAUAGUCCUCGUUCCUCUUUCAGUGCUAUAUAAUG